AUCAUGCACAUCCAAAAAGGAAUUGAUAUAUAUAGAUAAUAGUUAAAUAUUUGCAUUUUAUAUUGUACAUUGAUUAAUCAUUUAAUUUUAAUCUGAAAGAGAACUCUCAGUAUUAUUAUUUAAUUUCAAAAAUUUAACUUUAAUAAAGGCAAAAUGGUUUCUCAAAUAUUUGAUGAAUCUCCAAAAGAAAUACAAUUAAUUAAUUCGGAUGAUGAAUCUCAGAGUCAUAUACAAACUAAUAAACAAGUUAAUGGUAUCAAUAAAGUUCAAAUGAAAAAACAACUUGGUCUUUUAGAAGGCAUUGCAAUUAUUUUAGGAAUUAUCUGUGGUUCAGGUAUUUUUAUUUCUCCAAAAGGUGUAAUCAUAGAAGUAGGAAGUGUUGGAGUUUCUCUAAUUGUUUGGGUUUUAUGUGGUUUACUUUCUAUGAUUGGAGCAUUAUGUUAUGCUGAAUUGGGUACUUGCAUACCUCGUAGUGGUGGAGAUUAUGCUUAUAUCUAUGAGGCUUUUGGUGAUUUACCUGCAUUUUUGUACUUAUGGGCUGCUAACUUAAUUUUUGUACCAACUACAAAUGCUAUCAUGGGAUUAACUUUUGCUGAAUAUGUUUUGAAACCAUUUUUUCCCAAUUGUUCUAUUCCAGAUAAUAGUAUACGUCUACUGGCAGCAGUUACUAUUUGUUUACUCACAUUCGCAAAUUGUUAUGAUGUCAAGGAAACAUCUAAAGUACAAAAUGUAUUCAUAUUUGCUAAAGUUGGUGCAUUAAUAAUUAUAAUUAUCGCUGGAGUGGUUUGGAUAAUGUUAGGGCACACAGAAAAUUUUGAAAAUAUCUUUGAAAAUACUAUUACGGAUCCUAGUAAAAUCGCAGUUGCUUUCUGUUCUGGUAUAUUUUCAUAUUCUGGAUGGAAUUACUUAAAUUUUAUGACUGAAGAAUUGAAAGAUCCUUAUGUAAAUUUGCCACGAGCUAUAUAUAUAUCAUUGCCUUUAGUUACUUUUAUAUAUGUAUUGGCAAAUGUAGCUUAUUUAUCGGUUUUAACACCAACUGCGAUGAUUGCUUCUCAUGCAAUUGCUGUGACUUUUGGAGAUCAACUUCUUGGUAUGAUGGCAUGGACAAUACCUGUUAUGGUAGCUAUAUGUGCAUUUGGAGGAUUAAGUGUUCAUAUUAUGACAUCAUCUCGAAUGUGUUUUGUUGGUGCCAGAAAUGGACAUUUUCCUUCAAUGUUAAGUCAUAUUAAUGUUUCGAGACUUACACCUACACCUGCUUUAGUUUUUCUUUGUAUAUUAUCUUUAAUAAUGCUGUGUACAAGUGAUAUUUUUGUCCUGAUUACAUAUUGCAGCAUAGUCGAAUCAUUUUUUAUAAUGUUAUCAGUAACUGGUGUUUUAUGGCUUCGUUACAAAAAGCCGAAUAUGAAUCGACCAAUUAAGAUGCCUUUAUGGAUCCCUAUUACAUUUGUAUGCAUAUGUGCAUUUUUAGUAUUUUUUCCUUCUUACCAAAGACCAUACGAAGUUGGAAUAGGUGCCUUAAUAACUCUGUCUGGAAUUCCAGCUUAUUUUAUUGGUGUCAGGUGGAAAAAUAAGCCAUUAUGGUUUCAACGACUUAUACUUGAAAUCACUUACACCGUACAAAAAUUAUUCUUAUCUGCCAUCGAGGAACGAGAUUACUGAUUUAUGUAUUACGAAUAUAAAAACAAUUUAGAUACAUUCUGAUAU